UAAUUUUAUAACUUUUUAAAUACAAAAUGGUACAAACGGAAAGUAUUGUGCUUCCUAGUGUUGAUGAAUUAAAUGUAAAUGAAGUAAAUUUGACCUAUCCUGUACUAAAAGCUGCUGCAUUUCAUUUAGGAAAAUAUUGCGAAUUCAAAAAUAAUGAAUUUAUGUUAUGCAAAUGUGAACAAUCUGAUCCUCGUGAAUGUAUUGAAGAAGGCAAAUUAGUUACAGCCUGUACUCUUGAUUUCUUUAAACAACUUAAAAAACAUUGUAAAGAUGAAUUUAGUCAAUAUUAUAAUUGCAUUGAUAAAGCAAGUUUUAAUUAUCGGUUUAAUCCCUGUCGUAAAACACAAAGCGUAUUUGACAAAUGUGUUUUAAAUAAUCUCAAUAUCGAGCGACCAAUGUUUGGUUACUACGCUCAAGUUAAAGUUCAUGACUCAUCAAGACCAAAACCAAAAUAUAACAUUAUAGAGUUUCCUGUUUAUGCUGCUCCUGUAUCACGCGAUGAACCAUUAUUACCACCAAAAUAUAAUUCUCGAAGAUUAUGGAGUCAAUAAAUAUUAAUGAAAAUAUAGUCUAUAUAAACAU